CAUGAUGGAAACGAAGGAGCCCAUUGACAGGCGUUCGUUCGCGGCGGGGGAUCUUGUACUGCGCUGUGAGCCCUUCGUGUGGGUGCUGGAGAGCGACGAAUACCAAGCACGCUGUGCUUACUGUCUGCGGCAGAGCGAGGAACUGCGCACGUGCUCAAGAUGCAGACUCCACCGUUACUGCAGCGUCACUUGCCAGUCUACUGACUGGAAGCUGGAGCAUAAACUGGAAUGCACCCUGCUGAAGACCGCGACUGAUAGCACGAAUGGCACGGAGCAUGACAUCAUCGUGCACUCCUCGCAGUAUGGUCUGGAGGUGCCACAAGAGCUCAUCGCCAAGCUCGCCAACAAAAUCAAGUUGAACACGAUGAUGGAUAUCCCGGGAAUGGGUCGCAAAUCCGCCAGAGAUCUGCUGUCCAUGCUGCCAGCGAAUCCCGCACAAUCAGAAUACGAGCAGCUUAUGUCGCCAGCGGAUAUGCUGGCGUGGGAGUCGGAGAACUCCAUGUUAACCGGCGUACCCGCAGCAGACGUUCUGAACUAUUAUGGACUGCUCCACUAUAACGCUCUAUACAUUUACGAUACGAAGUUCUGUGGCGUCAGCGGACCGAUCGGCUUAGCCGUUUUUCCACAGGCAUCGCUGCGGCGGAUGACACCAGUGUGCUGGGACAUCAAUGUGUUGCUGACCUUCCAUGGACGACGGCUGUUUAUUCAUGCCGCAGAAGACAUUCCGCAGUAUACUGGACUUCGAGACCUGCGUUACAAUGAGCAUCCGGAUCCAUUUUGCCAGACACGAGCGGAGCGACGUGCUGCAUUCGAGAAGAAAUUCGGUCAUCCGUGUACUUGUCGCCGAUGCUCGCCAGAAUGUGAUGCUGAGAUUAAUCCGCUACGCUGCGUGACGGAGGGCUGCAGCAACCGCAUUCCCAGCGAUAUCCGCGCACACCACGCCUGCUUCGAAUGCGGUGCCAUCAAUCGAGACCGCUUGACGCAGUUUCAUCAGUUCAUGCUGCGGUAUGAGACCAUUACGGCCAGCUCGGAGAUGGAGUCCUACUCGGCCAUGGUCUUGCAGGUCUGUAUGGACAUGGACGCUGCCGGAAUCCUGCAGCCCGAUGCGCAUUUCCGCUACGUCUGCGGCCGGGAAUUACCGAACAAAUAUUAUGUUGAGUGCCGCUUGGAGGAGGGCUUGAAAACGAUCGUGGAAUUGGUUGGCUGCGUUACUGCCUGCGUACGGAAAAUAUACCCAGAGUAUUCACUAAUUCGCGCACGCCUCCUGAUGUCAGCCGGACUGUCUGUCGUUGAUGCGCUCCCCAAGCCAAUGCUAAACAUUGGAGUGGACCGGAUGUCGAGCUUGGACAUCCAGAAGCACGACGUAGCCGCGGCCACCGUGUGGGCUCUUAAUAUGGAUUUCUGCAGCGAAGCCCGAGGUAUUUUGAUCAAGUUGUUCGGUAAACAGUCGAAGGAGGUCCAGGAUGGCGAUGCGGAUUGUAAGCAGGCUGUUACCAAACUGCUCUGCAUCCAGCAGAUGCUUCGCCUCCGCAAAUAGUAACGUUUGACUGCUUGUCGGUGCCAUCGUCGUCUGCUGUAUACAGUAUUCUAAUUCAACU